UUACAGUUCCAUUGGAGCUUGCAUUUGGUAAACCUGCUGAACAAUCGUCAACGUAUUUAUUACAUGGGCCCGAGUAUGCAGUAGAUGGUAACAAUGGUACAAACCUUAUCCUAGACAACUGUGCACACACAGGUGAUGGCGACACAAAUCGGUGGUGGAUGGUGGAUCUGCAGGCUGUGUAUUCCAUCAAGUCUGUCAGAAUACUCAAUAGAGGAAUGGAUGAGUACGGAACGGAUGUGUCAUUCCGGCUGCAAGAUGUAACCGUCACUGUAGGGCUGACAGAAUCUGAUGUCAACACUCUCUGUGGAUUCUUUGCUGGUCCUGGUACUCUGUCACAGCUGGUCGUCAUCGACUCUCCGACAUUACCACAGGGGAGAUUCGUAAAGAUCUCCAAGACAACUGAGUAUCUCACUCUUUGUGAAGUUGACGUGUUUGGAUUCUCCCUGUAA